AUGACACAAUUCAAUUCAAUCAAUGCAAUCAUCCUAGACAUCGAGGGAACAGUAGCACCAAUUUCAUUCGUUAAAGAAACAUUAUUCCCAUAUUUCCUUAAAGAAAUACCAUCAAUACUUUCGAAACUUCAAUAUCCAAUUUCAUCAGAAACUUCAAAUGUUAUUGAACAAAUAGUUUCAAAUUUCCCUAAAGAUAUAACUAAUUCAAAUGAAUCAUUAUUAAAUCAUAUCAAAAGUUUAGUUAAUAAAGAUAUUAAAGAUUCAACUUUAAAAUCUUUACAAGGGUUUAUAUGGGAAAAAGGUUAUGAAAAUGGAGACAUAAAAGCUCCAGUUUAUGAUGAUGCUAUAAAAUCUAUCAAGAAUUGGAGUGAAUCUAAAAAAGUUUAUAUUUAUUCAAGUGGGAGUGUAAAAGCACAAAAAUUAUUAUUUAAAUAUGUUGAAUUUCAAAAUGGAGUUAUUGAUUUGAAUGAAUAUCUAAGUGAUUAUUUUGAUAUUACAACUUCUGGGUAUAAGUUUGAGAAAAGUAGUUAUGAAAAUAUAAUUCAAGAUAUUAAACAAUCAAGUGGAAAUGUUUUAUUCUUGAGUGAUAACGUUUCAGAAGUUUCUGCUGCUAAAGAAGCUGGAUUAAAAUCUUUGAUUGUUUUCAGAAAUGGGAAUGGUGAAGUUAGUAAAGAAGAUCAAGAUAAAUAUGGAUUAAUUAAAUCAUUUGAUGAGUUAAGUGUCUGA